AUGGCUGUGGAGGGGAGGGAUCAGUCAUACACUCACUUACUCGUGGUUUUUGUGUUGCAUUUCACUCGUGACACUGGAAGUAUUGCAUCGAAACUGAUCUCUAAAUCUGACCAAAGAGUGAGUCCCAAGAAAUACCAACCAAUCGAUUGUCUCAUUAACGAAGAGUUUGAGAUCCAAUGCCUCCGGAGUGCGACCGAAGACUCGGUUUAUAUUCCGUUUGCUUUUCUUCACAAGUAUUUCGAAAUAAACGGCAAAAUCGUGGACUCGAAGGACGGACAGCAGGUGUUUGAAUGGAGUCACAGCUACUCGAGAGUGUAUUUCCCGAAACACACGUAUCAUGAAAACGAGGCCUUCCUCUGGUUCGACAACUAUAACGUCGAAGUGAGAGAUCGGGUCCGAUGUGUGUCUGCCAUCACCGGAGUUCCCAUUUCCAGCCAAUGGCAGUCCAGUGGCCACUCCUAUGCCAUACAAAUAGCACAGUUUGGUUUGAGUCACUUCUCUAAGCACUUGUCUGCCGGCAAACCACGAGUCGUUGCACUCGAUUCCGGAGAUACUCUGAACCGACGGACAGCCACUUAUGUGGUUCCAGAAGACGCUGUCUUAAAGCGAAUUGAAUCCGACGACAGACCGCAACAUAAGGUUAUAUCAGUCGACGGAUUGAAUAUAAUUAUGAAUAUUAAACGAAAAUCAGUCAAUGAUUUGACUCUCAGUUUUGAUGUCAAACCUUUGGCCAACUUUUCGCUGACAGCUGUUCUUAAAGCUUAUUCCAGCAGUUCUUCCAAAGAAUUUUCAAUUGUUUACACGACAUCUGAGUUAGACAUUUGGAUCUCAAACAAUGAGAUAAUCUAUGGAAUGGGAACUCAACAGAAAUGGAAGUCAUUGACGAGAGAUCUUGGAGUUGAUCUCCAGAAAGGUCUGAAUAUCAAAGAGAAGAAAUUGGGGGCUAAGGCACGGAAUAUGCAGUUAAUUCGGUUGGAAAUGAAUGGAAAGGCAUUAUUGGCUAACAUUAGACUCCAAUCAUCAGCACAUGAGACAUAUGCGAAGACAGCCGGCGAUUGGUUUGUUGCCAAUCAGGAGUCCAACGGAGGCUUCAGUAUUAAUGUGAACAGAAAGUUAUCUAACGGUGCGCUACAACUGAAAAGUGGUUGGUAUUCAGCUAUGGCACAGGGACAGGCCAUCUCCCUUCUCAUACGACUCUAUACGCAUACACGUAACCACAAGUACUUGAUUUGUGCCAAAAAUGCAUUAAAUUUGUUUGAUAUCGACUCUAAAGACAAUGGCAUUCGGACUAAAUUUAUGGAUAAAUAUGUUUGGUUUGAAGAAUACCCGACAACUCCGAGUACUUAUGUAUUGAAUGGUUUCAUAUACUCGUUGUUCGGUUUGUACGACCUGUCAGUCAGUGGUAAUGAUAGCUAUUGCGUGAAAGCCGGUCUACUCUAUAGACAAGGCGUCGAGUCAUUGGAGCAAAUGUUACCACUGUUUGACUCGGGUUCGGGUUCUUUGUAUGAUUUACGGCAUUUAGGUUUGGGUAGUGCACCGAAUAGGGCGCGUUGGGACUACCACUCCACUCAUAUCAAUCAACUCCUCUUUCUGAACACUAUUGAAAAUAAACUCAUUUUCCAAACCACUGCCAAACGAUGGAUCUCUUAUAUGAAAGGAUAUAGAGCUCCACAUAAUUAA